GCUACAGACAGACCCUAACAGUGUAAGAAGACUCCGCCAGGAAUGCAUCAGCAAAAUGCGGAGUUUACCGGUCAGCACGUCAAAAACAGUCCACGACGUUUGAAUCUCUAAGUUUUGCACAUGAAGCUUGAGGUGAAGGGCUGAAGGUUAAACUAAGCCGGCGUUUGAAUUAUUUAUUUGACCCGUUAGCAUCAGCACACAUUUGCACUGUGCCAUUCUCUGAGGCACUUUCGUCUAUAGGAAGACAGCAUGGCAGGUAUCGAGUCCUCCUUUGAAUUUAGCUCAUCUUUGACCAGCUCUUCGCUGCCUCCCCCAAGGACCCGAAUCUUUAAGAUCAUCGUGAUAGGAGACUCUGGAGUUGGCAAGACUUGCCUCACCUAUAGAUUCUGUGCAGGCAAGUUUCCAGAUAAGACUGAGGCCACUAUAGGGGUGGAUUUUCGGGAGAAGGUUAUUGAAAUAGACGGCGAGAAAAUCAAGGUCCAGUUGUGGGACACUGCAGGCCAGGAGCGCUUUCGAAAGAGUAUGGUACAGCACUAUUACCGCAACGUCCACGCUGUGGUGUUUGUCUACGAUGUCACCAAUGCUGCUAGUUUCCGAAGUCUUCCGCUGUGGAUCGAGGAGUGCCGUCAACAUGCCUUGGGCCAAGAGGUGCCUAGAAUCUUGGUCGGCAACAAAUGUGACCUGCGGCAUGCCGCUCAAGUAAGUACCGACGUAGCGCAGCAGUUCGCUGAUGCACACUCAAUGCCUCUGUUUGAGACCUCUGCCAAGAACCCUGGUGGUCGGAAUAAUAGUGACCACGUGGAGGCCAUUUUUAUGACGGUGGCGCACAAGCUGAAAUCUCAGAAGCCACUGGUGUUAAGCCAACCAUCAUCAGGAGAUACUGUCACUCUCAGGCAGGACGAGGAGGACAGGGGAACUUGGGGCUGUGGAUGUUGGAAGAGCUAAUGAAGGAAUCACCCCUUACAGGAUGGAGAUGACAAAGGUGAAGCACCUUUAAAGAAGGUUCAGAGGUGCUUUUGUGUUGUCCAUGAAGGUCCAGGGGAGGGGUUGAGGACACAGGAACAUCUUUUCUCAAGAUUUCUUUUUGUAUCUGAUCUGGCCAUUAUUUUAAAGGGAAGAAAACUUUCCUCCAUUACUUAAACAAGAGGCUUUAAGAAGUUGCAUGUAGGCCUAUUUGCUUUACAUAUACCAGCUUCAUCUAUUAUGUGUCAGCCUGUCUAGUUCACAUCAUAUGCCACUGCCAAACAUGCACUACAUUUUCCAGCUAGAUUUAGUCAGUUCUGCAGGUGAAUUGAACAGUGAAACCUUCAUGCAUAAUAUGUUGCCUUUUUCAUCAGAUUUUCUAAACAAUUUUUGCCACAAUUAGAUAAACUGUUCUGUUAAAUCACUUCAGCCUCCGAAGUAAAUCUGGUUUAGUCUGUG